UUUCAGGCAUUCUGAUGCAUUAGAUGGGUAACAGUUCAGUGAUGUCAUCGAAGGGUGGGCCAGAUUCUACAUUCAACGAUAGUUUAAUCAGAGAAGUACGUCUGAAUCCAAUAAUCUAUGAUUUCUCUCAUCCUCUGUAUGGUAAUGCAAUCAAGAAACAGGAAACGUGGAUUGAAAUUGCUGCUAAACUUAAUGAGAAGGUAGAAGCUGUGAAGACACGUUGGCGUACGUUACGCGAUCGAUAUACGAAGGAACGUCGACGUGUGAUGACAUGCGGUGUUGGGUCAUCAUUCUCCUAUUAUGCUGAUCUCUGUUUCUUGGACAACUCCUGCACGGAAAAUAGGAUUACGCCAUCAAAACCUAACAGAAGUAGUAACCGCAACAGCAGUGAUAAAAGCAGCAGCAAUACUGCAACUCAUUGCGAUGUUACAACAUCUAUGUUUGUAAAACCGGAAUUAUUUGAGCAGUCAUCGGAUACCAGUUAUAGUUUCGAUAACAGGAUUGGUGAUGACAUGUUAAUGGAGCAAGAAGAAACGGUUCCCUCAUCGUCUGGACCAGAGCGUUCGAUACCAAAACGACUGAGGAUCCGAAAAGCAAGUCAUAAAUCUCCAACACCGCCAGUAAGCUCAGCAACAACAACGGCUGUAACAGAAGUAGCAGAUUUGAUGGCACUUGAAAAAGUACCAGUGAAACGCUCUAGACUGGACCCUUCACCAGAUUCACCAUCCGAUACAGUUGCACAUGCAUUGAUGCGUAGUGUUGAAGCGUUGCAGCGUUUAGCGGAACGAAAAUCCGUCUUUGACCGAACAGUCGGUCCUCGUGAUGCCGACGAGUGCUUCGCCGAUUUUGUUUGUAUGUCGUUGAAGUCAAUUGAUAAUGGUAGUCGAGUGCAUGCUCGAAUUGCAAUUCUUCAUGCUUUGGCACAAUUUCAAACAUAAAAAAUGAUAUCAUAUCCAUAUAUUUUUAUAAGAUAACUAGAUAGC